CAGAGCGUCUAUUCCUCCGCGUACUUCCCUUUUUCCUGCAAGAUGGCGCUGCCCUGAAAGCCGGGCAUGUGUUCUAUGAUCAGCUGAUGAUGAGAGGGAAUUUUAUCUUUGUUUUUUUAACAUUUUUGUUCCUGAUUUCUGCCCAAGUGAUCCUUACUUCUAAUUAACCAUCAUAAUCGCAGUGACUCGUCGGCUCAGCAAGAGAAUGAGUGCCUCUUCUGGGGAAAAGAGCCAGGGCAGGAGGUUUGCUGAACAACAGAUGCACAAGCAUGGCUGGACUGAAGGUAAAGGCCUUGGGAGACGGGAAAAUGGUAUUUCCGAAGCAAUCAAAGUAAAAGUGAAAUGUGACCACGCCGGGGUGGGACAUAACUCUGCUGAGCAGUUCACCUUCCACUGGUGGGAUCACGUCUUUAACAAAACCGCUUCCAGCAUCUCAGUAGAAGCAGAUCAGGAUGGUGUUAAGGUCAACAGGACUAAAGAUGACGAUGCCCCUGUGACGAACAAGAAGCCCCGGAAAGCACUUUCUAACCGUAACAUGUUAUACGGACGCUUCGUUAAGUCUGCAACGUUGCUGCCCGGCGGGGAGCAGGCUGUGAAAGAGCCUUCAUCUUCAGAAAGCAGCGACAGCAGUGGCGACGAGGACGAGAAACUGGAUUUGUCUUCUGCAACCAAAAUGACAGAUGAAGACCUGAGAAAAGUCUGUGGAGGCCGCACAGCACAUAAAGGAGCCCGCCACGGUCUGACCAUGAGUGCCAAGCUCUCUCGGCUUGAAGAGCAAGAAAGGGAAUUUCUGGCAAAAUAUGGAAAUAAACAACAGAAAGAUAAAGUGAAAGCUGUAACUCCGGAGAUUACAGAAGACUUGUUGGGCAAAAACAGACAGCAGAACGAUUCAGGAGAAUGUCCCGAAACAAACAAUUCCCACAAGAAGAAAAAGAAGAAGAGAGAGAGAGUGGAUUCUGAGAGGGAGGAGGAGGAGGAGGAAGAAUCACAGGAAAACCGUCAUGAAGAAGAGCAAGUGCCACUAUCAGAGGAGGAAAUAAAGUCAUCAAAGAAGAAGAAAAGCAAGAAAAAGCACAGGGAGCAGAGUGCCUCUCCCCAAGAAGAACAGGUGGCAGAGAGUACAGACUUUUGCAUAAAGCCCAAGAAAAAGAAAAAGAAGAAAAAUAAAUCAGAAUAGACCUAAAUGUUGGGGUGUAGUAUCGCAGCUAUCAAGAAACUGAAUCCAAAAAGGGGCCUUGGGAGACCCAUCAGAAGUGAACAGGAAUUUUUAACCUGCCUGAUAGAUAUAUGGCAGAUUUCCAAUCGGAUAUUGGAUGGGCAGGCAGAAGGUCCCCCUCUGUGGGCCAAUAAAAUGCCAACUAAGCCUGGAGUUGCCGAGCUUUUAUCAGCCUGUGUAUGGCCAUAUUAUACCAUGUGACACAUGGAACCUAUUUUGAUAGUACUUACUGAAGCCUGAAAUGUAAAAUGAUGGCAAUAGGUGGUUCAUGUCACUGGCGCAACCCUCCUGGAUUACUUAAUGUACUAGUAAUAUUCUCCUUCAUUAAAUGCAGACUUUUCAUAAUUUUA